GGUUCGCGCUAACAGGUUUCUUCUGGUGGAGACCAAACUUUCGAUUUCGGUUAACCUUCGUUUGAGGACUGUAUCGCACCGGGUGGAGAACUAGUUCUAACCAGGAUGAGAUCAAAUCAGCUGUUAGCUUCGAUUGUGAUUAUAUUGAUGGUCCGAAAAGCUGAAGUCCAAUGUGCUCCAUUCGGAAAGAGUGGAGAAGGGACGGAGUUUCGAGACAAGGCCUUCGACAAGGAGUUCAAAAAAGUGACUUAUAUUGGAAAUGAACCCGUGCAUGCCCUAGAACCGUUCGAUAAUCCUCCCGAUAAGGACAACGCUCGCAAGGAGGUGGACAACUUUCCUUCCAACAUCUACAGCAAAUACGACAAAGUGCAAAAAAAAGUGAAGGACUGGUUUGAUACUGAACCGCUAAUAGACCAUAUCCACGAGUCGGAAAAAUACGGAAAUGAAGGAGAUCAAUUUUACUUUAUCACGAAGCCCCUGGUGCAGCUAACGGAGAAGAUGUCUAAUUUGACGAAUAAAAUCCUUGCGGCCCCACGGACGCUCUUCCGAAGUGCCAACAAAGCCGUUUCCGAGAAAUUAAACAACUUUGGUGGAAGUCUAGUUGGAUUAUGAAGAUAGUUAAACAAUGAUUAGCUAGAACGAACCCAGACUGAAAUAUUUCGUUUCUGUAUGAAUUGGCAGUAAGAUUGUAGGUGAUAGGGUAAAACAGCGGAAGCGAAAACCGGCCACUAAGAAGGGUUCGAAAUUUAACUGAAAAAGCCAAAAUAUUAUGGUGUGCUGUAUCUAGUAAUCAAUUUUCAAUCAAAUGAAUAAUAAGUAUGUGCAAAUUAGAGUAAGUCAUUAGUAUCCAGCAACUCAAUGAUGUAGCAUAGUAAAUAUAAAUAAACGCUCGUGCAGCCGAUUUCAGCCACUGAAGAC